CUUGAAAGAAUUGUAUGCAAAACUAGGCUGCUCUGACGUGGAAGUGUAAUAAUUUUUUUUGGUACAAUAAAGUGAAAAAUAAUUAAUUUUCUCACAAAUAUUGCGAGUUAAUUAAAACGGGAAAAUUAUACAAGAAAAUUUCCUUUCGCAAAAAGUCUGAGUGAAAAGAAAACAUACAAAAAUAAAAGCUUUAAAUAAGUAAAAAAGAAAAUUUUUUCUUCGAGCCUGCAAGUGGUGUUUACGUGGUGUUAAUCAUAAAAAAAUUAUCUUGUAAAAGUACGGGACAAAAGUGCAAAAACCGAUUUUUCCAGUUUUGUGAAAAAAAGCGGAUCUAUAUUAUAAAGCAUAAAGGAAAAUUGCAAAAUUAAUUUAUGAAAAUUUAAAAACGAAAAUUGUGAAAUUUAGUGAAUUAAUAAAAAUAGAAAAUGAUGAAUCCAAAUGCUUAUGGUCCACCGCCAACAAUGCAGCCUAUGCAACAGCAGCAGCAACAACAGCCACCACAAAUGAUGCCGCCACCACCUAUGAUGGGUGGUGGUCAGCAACAACAAUUUGCACCUCCUGGUUGGCCUUCCCAGCAGCCGGGCAUGCAAGUUCUUCCACCAAACACUUCCAUGCCUGGUAGUAUGCCUGCACCGUCACAACAGGCAGCUCCCCCCACACAAUCGAACAUAAUGAAUGGAAAUUAUCAGCAGCAGUUGACGCAAUCCAUGGGCGCUAUGACUAUGAAUCCCAUGAAACAGCCGCCACCAACUCAACAACAACAAUCAUUAGCUGGACCACCAUCUUCAUUUAACAAUGCUAAUAUGGGUAUGCCACCUACUGGUCAACCUUUAGCGAAUGGUCCACUCUCGGCACAACCAGGCGCUGCACCGCCCACGGCAAAUGUAAAUAAUAACUUUAAUCCCUAUCCCAAUGGCACAUCCAGUAGGCCACCUACUGCUGGUACUCCUGGUAUGCCACCACCACCACUAACGUCUGCCGGUCCUCAACAGCAGCAAACUCAACCACCUACAUCUAUGGCUGGUAAUUUACCACCAGCUCAAAAUAUUCCUGGAGCGGCCAAUCAAAUGACAGUAAAUAGUGCUAGCUUACCGGGUAUGCCUCAUAUGCCACCCGCAUCCCAAAAAUCUGGCCAAUCUACUCCCUCCAUGCCUCCCAUGCCUGGUCAACAACAACCACCUCAGCAGCAUCAGCAGCCUAUGCAGGGUUUUCCAGGUACUCAAUCUCAAUUUCCUCCCCAGUCUCAACAAAUGCCCGGUAGACCAGGUAUGAUGCCUCCUCCCAUGAUGGGUGGUCAACAGCCUCCAGCUCCUAUGCCGCAACCAGGAAUGCCUCCUAUGCCUGGACAGCAACAACAACAACAACCUCCCAUGCAACAGCCCGGUAUGCCACCCAUGCCCUCGCAACAACAACGUGGUAUGCCUCCAAUGCCUGGACAACAACAGCCAGGCAUGCCUCCUAUGCCCGGACAACAACAACAGCAGCCAGGUAUGCCACCCAUGCAACAACCCGGUAUGCCUCCUAUGCCAGGUUAUCCACCACAGUCAGGCCAACAAGCUGCUAUGUCUGGCUAUCCCCCACAACCCGGUCAAGCUCCCAUGCCUGGUGGUUAUCCAUCACAAAUGAUGCGUCCUCAACCGGGUCAACCUAUGGCAGGAAGACCGGGAUACAAUCAACCUCCCGGUGGUAUGUACCAACAGCCUCAACAAUAUGAACAACAACAAAAACGUUUAGAUCCCGAUCAAAUGCCCAAUCCCAUACAGGUAAUGAUCGAAAAUCAACGUAAUGCUGGUGGUGCAUUUGUAACCAAUCAACCGGGAUUGUUGCCACCUUUGGUCACUACCAAAUAUGUAGUGCAGGAUCAAGGCAAUUCAUCACCAAGAUUUUUAAGAUCUUCUUUAUAUUGUGUACCAGCUACAGCAGAUUUGCUUAAAACUACAGCUCUUCCUUUCUCUUUGAUUGUUUCGCCUUAUGCUCGCAUAGCUGAGGGUGAAUAUGAGCCACCAAUUGUUGAUUUUGGUGCUUUAGGACCUAUACGCUGUAAUCGUUGCAAGGCCUAUAUGUCACCCAAUAUGCAGUUUGUAGAUGCUGGUCGUCGAUUCCAGUGUUUAAUGUGUAAAGUUUCAACGGAAGUACCCACUGAAUACUUCCAACAUUUGGAUCAUACUGGCCAGAGAGUUGAUAAAUAUGAACGUCCCGAAUUGGUUUUGGGCACUUAUGAGUUCUUGGCUACCAAGGAUUAUUGUCGUAACAAUACUCCCCCCGAAAUACCAGCAUUUAUUUUUGUUAUUGAUGUUUCUUACAAUACUGUCAAAUCUGGCUUAGUGCACUUAUUGUGUUCUCAAGUUAAACAAAUAUUGAAAAACUUACCCUGCGAUCAGGGUCAAGAAAGAUCGAAAAUGCGUGUGGGUUUUAUAACCUACAAUAGUACAGUCCACUUUUAUAACAUAAAAAGCAGUUUGGCCCAACCACAAAUGAUGGUGGUUGGCGAUGUACAAGACAUGUUUAUGCCUUUACUUGAUGGCUUCCUUUGCAAUCCCGAAGAAUCCGAGGCAGUGAUUGAUGCUCUUAUGGAACAAAUACCCAAAAUGUUUGUCGACACUAAAGAAACCGAAACCAUACUCUAUCCAGCCAUACAAGCUGGUCUUGAAGCCCUUAAGGCUUCCAAUUGUUCGGGUAAACUUUUAGUUUUCAACUCUUCUCUACCCAUUGCUGAGGCACCGGGUAAAUUGAAAAAUCGUGAUGAUCGCAAACUUUUGGGUACAGACAAGGAGAAGACAGUGUUGGUGCCACAAUGUCAAUCGUACAAUCAAUUGGGUCAUGAAUGUGUACAGAAUGGCUGUUCAGUUGAUUUGUUCUUAUUUAAUAAUUCUUAUAUUGAUAUUGCCACCAUUGGCCAGGUGGCUAGACUGACGGGAGGUGAAGUUUAUAAAUAUACUUACUUCCAGGCUGACAUUGAUGGCAAACGUUUGAUAGCGGAUAUUAUUAAAAAUGUUUCACGUCCCAUUGCUUUUGAUGCUGUUAUGCGUGUUCGUACAUCGGCUGGUGUUAGAGCUACCGAUUUCUAUGGCCACUUCUUUAUGACCAAUACAACGGAUGUUGAAUUGGCUAGUGUUGAUUGCGACAAAUCAAUUGCGAUCGAAAUCAAACAUGACGACAAAUUACCCCCCGAGGAAAACGUCUAUCUACAAAUCGCUCUACUCUUCACCUCUUGCAGCGGUCAACGUCGUUUACGUAUUUUGAAUAUUGCUCUUAAAGCCACCACCACCAUUGCUGAAGUUUUCAAGAGUUGUGAUCUAGAUGCCAUAAUGUUGUUCUUUGCCAAACAAUCCUGCUUCAAACUUAUGGAACUAACACCCAAAGCCAUCAAAGACACACUCAUUCAUCGUUCGGCUCAAAUACUGGCCUGUUAUCGUAAACAUUGUACUACACCCUCGUCGGCCGGUCAACUUAUAUUGCCCGAAUGUCUUAAACUAUUACCGCUCUAUAUAUCGUGUCUCUUGAAGAAUGAUGCCAUUUCCGGUGGUUCCGACAUGACACUCGACGAUCGUUCUUAUGUUAUACAAUUCAUUUUAUCAAUGGACUUGAAUAUGUUUGUUUCCUAUCUAUAUCCACGUUUUCUACCCAUACACAAUGUUGAUCCCGAUGAUACCGAAUUGCCCAUG